AUGGUGCAGCCCAGCAGCUGCAGGCAACUGGUUCCUAGUCUCUCAGCCCUAACUAAGGCAAAGAUACAUGUGACCUCAUUGAGAACAUUAACCAAACUACAAGAGACAGUAAAGAGGAAGUUGGAAGGUGCACGCUCGCCCCUCAAUGGAGAACAGCAAAAUGGUGUCUGUGAUGGUAGCUUCUCCCCAACCAGCAAGAGGAUACGGAAGGAUGUACCAGGAAUUGAUGCAAUCAACAGCUUGCCCAAUAACUUGCCUAUACCUUCUGUUUCUCCUCUUCACCAGCUUGACAUGAAGCCUUCUUUACCCCUGCAGAACAGUGGGACACAUCCUACUGGGCUGGAAGACUUAGGUAAAAAUGGCGGACUUCCAGAGAUAAAGCUGCCAGUUAAUGGUUGCAGUGAGAUUGAGGAAAGUUUUAACAUCCUGCAAAAUAAGGAGCUAAAACAAGAACCUUUGGAUGACCCCACAUGCAUAGACACUUCUGAAACCUCCCUUUCAAAUCAAAAUAAACUCUUCUCAGACAUUAAUCUGAAUGAUCAAGAGUGGCAGGAGCUAAUAGAUGAGCUAGCCAACACUGUUCCAGAGGAUGAUAUACAAGAUUUGUUCAAUGAAGACUUUGAAGAGAAGAAGGAACCAGAAUUUCCCAGACCUGCCACUGAGAUUCAAGAGAGUGCAAGCAUUAAGAGCGAUCCGUCUCAUUCUCCAUUUGCUCAUGUACCUCUGGGAUCUCCCCAGGUGAGGCCUUCUUCUUCAGGUCCUCCAUUUUCAAAUGUCUCCACAGCUUCUAGUAUACCUUCUGUUUCCAGUGCUCCUGCAGCUCCAGUCCCUGCCAGCUCACCAGCAAAUUGUGUUGUUCAGUCACCCCAAACUCCCAGCCAAGCCCAUACUCCAGGCCAGUCUCAGUCACGAUCUGGAAAUGGUUACCUUAUGAAUCCAGCAGCUGUAACAGUGGCGGGUUCAGGGCCUGGGCCUGUGACUAUACCCAGCACUGACUUAUCUCCAGCUGAACAGCUGAAACAAAUGGCAGCACAGCAGCAACAAAGAGCUAAACUCAUGCAGCAAAAGCAGCAACAGCAGCAACAUCCAAAUCAAGCAUCAAGCUGGUCACCAGUUGGGCCUCCAUCUAGUCCGUACGGAGGGCCCUUCAGUGCAGACAAACCAAAUAGUCCAAUGAUGUAUCCCCAAGCCUUUAACAACCAAAACCCAAUAGUGCCUCCUAUGGCAAACAAUCCACAGAAGACCACAAUGAAUAACUACCUCCCUCAAAAUCACAUAAAUAUGAUUAGUCAGCAGCCAAAUAACUUGGGUACAAACUCCCUAAGCAAACAGCCCAAUAUGCUUACUUAUGGCAACACUAAACCUCUGACUCACUUCAAUGCUGAGUUGAGUCAGAGAAUGACCCCACCCAUGGCCACCCCCAACAAGAACCCCAUGAUGCCAUACAUACAGCCACAGUCCCAGCAGCCACAGAUGCAAGCUCAGAUGGCACACCUGAGUGAGGAACAGAAGCGCAUGCUUAUCAUGAAGCAAAAAGGAAUGAUGACUCAACCAAUGGCAUAUGCAACACUUCCCUCCCUUAGUCAGGAGCAGCACCAGGUGGGACUGUCUCGGACCACAGGCCCUAUGCAGCCUUCUGUACCACCAGGGUCCAGCAAUGUGGUCACAGGUACAAGCCCUGGAGGUCCCAGUUUCCUGGGGAACCAGCCACAAGCAGCCAUUAUGAAGCAGAUGCUGAUUGAGCAAAGGGCCCAGCUCCACGUGAUAGAACAACAGAAGCAACAGUUUCUACGGGAGCAAAGGCAGCAGCAGCAGCAGAUCUUGGCAGAGCAGCAGUUGCAGCAGCAGUCGCAUUUGCCUCGACAGCACCUCCAGCAGCAGCGAACUCCGUAUCCAGUGCAACAGGUCAACCAGUUCCAAGGUUCUCCCCAGGAUAUAGCAGCUGUGAGAAACCAAGCAGCGCUUCAGAGCAUGAGGACCUCCCGAAUGAUGGCCCAGAGUGCAGGCAUGAUGGCAAUGGCACCUUCUCAGAACCCCGGCACAAUGUCUACUGCGACGGGUCAGUCCGAGAUGGGAAUGGCUCCUUACAGCAACACAUCUACCAGCCAAACGGGAAUGUACAGUAUGAGCACAGGGAUGAGCCAAAUGUUGCAGCACCCAAACCAAAGUGGCAUGAACAUGGCACACAAUGCAGGCCAGGGACCAAGGCAGCCUGUCUCUGGACAAGGGGUCGGAAUGAUCAGCAGUUUUGGUCAAAAUAUGCUGGUGAACUCUGCUAUUCCUCAACAUCAACAGCAGAUGAAAGGACCUGUGGGCCAGAUCUUACCUCGGCCACAGGCACCAAGACUUCAAAACAUAAUGGGAACUGUCCCACAAGGAACACAAAACUGGCAGCACCGAGGACUACAAGGUAUCCCUGGAAGGACUACCAGUGAAAUGGGGCCAUUCAACAAUGGCACAACAUAUCCAAUGCAGCCUGGGCAGCCAAGGCUUCCCAAGCAGCAUUUUCCACAGGGAAUUAACCAGUCAGUUGUGGACACUACUGGGACAGUAAGAACCCUGAACCCAGCAAUGGGAAGACAAAUGCUGCAACCACUGCCUGGGCAACAAGGAACAAGUCAGGCAAGGCCAAUGGUUAUGCCUGCCAUUAGCCAAGGGGUUCCCACUAUGUCUGGUUUCAGUCAGCCUUCUGCACAGCAGAUGCCAGGUGGUAACUUUGCUCAGAGCAGCCAAGGCCAGGCUUACGAGAGGAAUCCCACUCAGGACAUGUCGUACAGUUACAGCAGCGAAGGAGCAGGGGGCUCCUUCUCAAGCCUAGCGGAGGGUGCAGACCUUGUGGACUCUAUCAUUAAGGGUGGACCAGGGGACGAGUGGAUGCAAGAACUCGAUGAGCUGUUUGGAAACCCCUAGGGAAUGGCCGUGCAGUUUUAAAAUUUUGAUUGUUAAUUUAAAAAAAAAGAGGAAAGAAGGAAAAUG